AGGAGAGUACGUGUCUUAGCUCUGCUUCUCUCUGAACUCCACUGUUUCAGCAUACUGGGUUAUGAAGACAAAACGCGCUCACAUAAGGGAAAUACAAGUCGACCUCAUCUCGGUAUUACCAGAUCCGUUCUUUGGGUUCGCUUUCUACUCUGAAAAACUGAAGAAUUAAUGCGUCGGGAGAUAAAUAAUACGUGUAAAAAACAUUAGAGUGAAAAAGAGGAGAAAGACGAUUACAUAGAUGGUGGAUUAUUUUGUUAAUGCUGCAACUACGUUGGAUGUAAUAAGCGUCGACACUACAACAGGAGACGAGGUUAAAGACUGAUAAACCCAAGAUGAUGUUAAGGCUGUGAAUUCCCUGCCUCUGAGAGAUCAGACCAGAUUGACUCAUAGUGGCCUGUGACACUUAGCCUGCCAAAGGAUGCUGGUGCCAAGCUGUCCCAUGAUGCACUUAGCCAGGCCGCUGCUGCUGGUCCUGAGCCUGCUCUGCCUCACAGACGCUGACACACCACCAAAGUUUUUAAGAACUCCUAACGACCAGACAGGAGUGCAAGGAGGGGUCGCGUCGUUCGUUUGCCAAGCCACAGGAGACCCAAGACCCAAAAUAGUGUGGAACAAGAAGGGGAAGAAAGUCAGCAACCAGAGAUUUGAGGUGAUUGAGUUUGACGAUGGCUCUGGUUCAGUGCUCAGAAUUCAGCCCCUGCGGACCCCGCGGGACGAAGCCAUAUAUGAAUGUGUCGCCUCCAACAGUGUUGGAGAGACGAGUGCAUCCACCAGACUCACUGUUUUACGUGAGGACCAGCUCCCCCCUGGUUUCCCCACCAUAGACAUGGGCCCCCAGCUGAAGGUGGUGGAGAGAACGCGCACAGCCACCAUGCUGUGCGCCGCCAGCGGCAACCCGGACCCAGACAUCUCCUGGUUCAAGGACUUCCUGCCCGUCAACACCACCAAUAACAACGGGCGCAUCAAGCAGCUGCGAUCAGAAUCCUUUGGUGGUACACCAAUAAGAGGUGCCCUCCAGAUCGAGCAGAGCGAGGAGUCCGACCAGGGGAAGUAUGAGUGUGUCGCCACCAACAACGAUGGUACUCGGUACUCCGCCCCUGCCAACCUAUAUGUCAGAGAGCUGCGAGAAGUUCGGCGGGUCCCUCCCAGGUUUUCCAUCCCCCCAACGGACAACGAGAUCAUGCCCGGCGGCAGUGUGAACAUCACGUGCGUAGCGGUCGGCUCCCCCAUGCCGUACGUGAAGUGGAUGCUGGGAGCCGAGGACCUGACCCCGGAGGACGACAUGCCCAUCGGGCGAAACGUCCUGGAGCUCACUGACGUCCGCCAGUCGGCCAACUACACCUGCGUGGCCAUGUCCACCCUGGGUGUCAUCGAGGCUGUGGCUCAGAUCACGGUUAAAGCAUUGCCAAAAGCACCAGGCGUCCCCGUGGUAACCGAGAGGACAGCCACAAGUAUAACUUUGACCUGGGACUCCGGGAACCCAGAGCCUGUGUCCUACUACAUCAUCCAGCACAAGUCCAAGUUUUCCGAGGACUCGUACAAAGAGAUAGACGGGGUGGCCACCACACGCUAUAGUGUUGGCGGCCUCAGCCCCUACUCAGACUACCAGUUCCGGGUGGUGGCAGUCAACAACAUCGGUCGCGGCCCGGCCAGCGAAAUCAUUGAGGCCAGGACUGCUGAGCAGGCCCCCAGCUCGGCCCCGCGACAGGUCAGAGGUCGCAUGCUGAGCAGCACCACAGCCAUCAUCCACUGGGACGAACCCGAGGAGGCCAACGGCCAGAUCAUGGGCUACCGGGUCUACUACACCAUGGAGCCCACCCAGCACGUCAACCUCUGGGAGAAGCAGAUGGUGCGCGGAGCCAACUUCCUCACAAUCCAAGGGCUCACCCCCAACAAGACCUACUACAUCAAGGUCCUAGCCUUCACCUCUGUGGGGGAUGGACCCCUGUCCCCUGACCUACAGAUCAUUGCCAAGACGGGAGUUCCAUCUCAACCAACUGACUUCAAAGGCGAAGCCAAAUCUGAAACAAGCAUACUGUUGUCCUGGGUACCUCCGCCACAGAAUGGUCAAGACAAUCAAAUCACUGGAUAUGAACUUCUGUACAGGAAAGGGGAGGAAAAGGAAGAGAAACGGAUCAGCUUUGAGCCCACAACCUCCUACCUCCUGAAGGACCUCAAGCCUUUCACCACCUACACCUUCCUGUUGGCCGCUCGCAGUAAGCAUGGCAUCGGGGCGUACACCAAUGAAGUGUCAACUGAGACCCCCCAAACACAGCCCUCGGCACCUCCCCAGGACGUCAAAUGCUCUAGCCCCAGUUCCACCAGCAUUCUGGUAAGUUGGCAGCCGCCACCGGAGGAGUUGCAGAAUGGGAUUAUCACCAAGUACUCCAUCCAGUACGCCGCCACCGAAGGAGAGGACACGUCCUCACGCCAAAUCGCUGACCUCCCUCCCGAAAGCUCCCAGUACCUGCUGGAGAACUUGGAGAAAUGGACAGAGUACCGCGUGACAGUGAGCGCCCACACCGGGCUCGGACCAGGCCCUGAAAGCUUACCGCUACUCAUCCGCACAGACGAGGAUGUUCCCAGCGGUCCCCCUCGUAAAGUCGAGGUGGAGGCCAUCAACUCCACAUCAAUUAAAGUGAUCUGGCGGUCGCCGCCUCCGAACAAGCAGCACGGACAGAUCCGCGGAUACCAGGUGCAUUACGUCAGAAUGGUUAACGGGGAGCCCACAGGACAGCCGGUCAUUAAGGACAUCCUGAUCGACGAUGAACAGUGGGAAUAUGAUGAUUCAACUGACCAUGAGAUGGUUAUUUCUGACCUGCAAGCUGAAACAACGUACUCAGUCGCUGUCGGGGCUUACACAACCAAAGGAGAUGGGGCACGCAGUAAGCCCAAACUGGUCUCCACAACAGGCGCAGUACCAGAAAAGCCCAGAUUCAUGGUCAGUGCCACCAACAUGGGGACCGCGCUUCUCCAGUGGCAUCCCCCUGCGAACACUUUCGGCCCCCUGCUAGGAUACCGACUGAGGUUUGGCCGCAAAGACGUUGACCCCCUAACCGUGGUCGAAUUCCCAGAGAGGGAGAACCAUUACACAACCAAGGAGAUCCACAAAGGAGCAUCGUACAUCUUCCGCCUGUCGGCCCGAAACAGAGUGGGCUUCGGCGAAGAGGCGGUGAAGGAGAUCUCAACCCCCGAGGACUUGCCUAGCGGGUACCCUCAAAAUGUGGCGGCCGAGAGCACGACCGCCACCACCAUUCAGGUCUCUUGGGAGCCACUGCCGCUCGCCGAGCGGAACGGCAACAUUGUCAAGUACGCCCUUCAGUACAAGGACAUCAACAGCCCCAGGGGGCCCACGGAACUCUUAAUCACCGCUCCCGAGUCAACCGUCACCCUCGAUGGCCUUAAACCAGACACCACAUACGAUGUUAAAAUGUGCGCGUUCACCAGCAAGGGCUCCGGGCCUUAUAGCCCCAGUGUCCAGUUCAGGACACAGCCUCUGGAUCAAGUGUUCGCAAAAAAUUUCCGUGUGAAAGCCGCAAUGAAGACAUCUGUGCUGCUAACGUGGGAGACUCAGGAAAACUAUAACCCAGCCCAGCCUUUCACAAUCCUCUAUGACAACGGCCAGAGUGUGGAGGUGGAUGGGAAGUUGACCCAGAAGCUCAUCACCAACCUGCAGCCUGAGACCCAGUACUCCUUCCUCCUGACCAACCGCGGGAACAGCGCCGGCGGGCUCCAGCACCGCGUGACCACCACGACGGCGCCAGACGUACUGCGUACCAAGCCCUACCUGAUCGGCAAGACCAACUCGGACGGCAUGGUGACCGUGGAGCUCCCUUCUGUGGAGACCUCGGAGAAAGUGAAGGGCUACUACAUCGUGGUGGUGCCUUUGAAGAAACAGCGUGCCGGAAAGUUUGUCAAGCCCUGGGACAGUCCAGAUGAGAUGAAUUUGGAGGAGUUGCUCAAAGAGAUAAACAGAACGAGCAGAGGCCUUCGACUGAGGAGGCAAGCAGAUCCCAAGCCCUACAUCACAGCCUACUUCAAGGAGCUCCCCACCGAGUUCACUCUGGGAGACAGGAAGACCUAUGGAGACUUUGAGAACAGGCAGCUCCAGAACGGUCAAGAAUACAUCUUCUUCGUUCUGGCCGUCCUUGAGAUCUCUGAAAAUACUAUGUACGCCACCAGCCCCUAUUCCGACCCCGUGGUAUCUGCUGACCUCGACCCGCAGCCAAUCGUUGACGAGGAGGAGGGGCUAAUCUGGGUGGUGGGGCCGGUGCUCGCCGUCAUCUUCAUCAUCUGCAUCGUCAUUGCCAUCCUCCUCUUCAAGAGCAAACCAGACAGGAAAAGAGCUGAAUCGGAGGCCAGAAAAGGAAGCCUUCCCAACAACAAGGAACUGCUCUCCCAUCAUCCCACUGACCCUGUGGAGCUUCGCCGCCUCAACUUCCAGACGCCUGGUUCAGGUGUCUCCGGUUACCCCAGUAACCUCCAUACGCCAAGUAUGGCCAGCCACCCGCCAAUUCCCAUCACAGAGCUUGCGGAUCACUUGGAACGUUUGAAAGCGAAUGACAACUUGAAGUUCUCCCAAGAGUAUGAGUCCAUCGAUCCUGGGCAGCAGUUUACGUGGGAGCACUCCAACCUGGAAGUCAACAAGCCAAAGAACAGAUACGCCAACGUGAUUGCAUACGACCACUCGCGGGUCCUGCUCUCUGCCAUCGAAGGGAUCCCGGGAAGCGAUUACAUCAACGCCAACUACAUCGAUGGGUACCGGAAGCAGAACGCUUACAUCGCCACCCAGGGGUCUCUGCCGGAGACAUUCGGAGAUUUUUGGAGGAUGAUAUGGGAGCAGCACACGGCAAACAUCGUCAUGAUGACCAAACUGGAGGAACGAUCAAGGGUCAAAUGUGACCAGUACUGGCCCACCAGAGGCACAGAAACGUAUGGUCUGAUCCAGGUGACGUUGCUUGAUACAGUGGAGCUAGCAACAUACUGCGUCAGGACUUUCGCUCUUUAUAAGAACGGCUCGAGUGAAAAGAGGGAAGUGCGGCAGUUCCAGUUCACGGCCUGGCCGGACCACGGAGUCCCAGAGCACCCUACACCCUUCCUGGCCUUCCUGCGACGUGUGAAGGCCUGCAACCCACCGGACGCUGGGCCCAUGGUGGUUCACUGCAGUGCUGGCGUCGGCAGGACCGGUUGCUUCAUCGUCAUCGAUGCCAUGCUGGAGAGGAUAAAGCACGAGAAGACCGUGGACAUUUACGGUCACGUCACGCUCAUGCGGGCGCAGAGGAACUACAUGGUUCAGACGGAGGACCAGUACACCUUCAUCCACGACGCGCUCCUGGAGGCGGUGACCUGCGGCAACACCGAGGUCCCAGCCAGGAACCUGUACGCGUACAUUCAGAAGCUGACGCAGAUAGAGUCCGGGGAGAACGUGACCGGAAUGGAACUAGAGUUCAAGCGUUUGGCCAACACUAAGGCCCAUACAUCCCGAUUCAUCAGUGCCAAUCUUCCCUGCAACAAGUUCAAGAACCGCCUUGUAAAUAUAAUGCCAUAUGAAUCCACCAGAGUGUGUCUCCAGCCCAUCCGCGGGGUCGAAGGCUCCGAUUACAUCAAUGCCAGCUUUAUUGAUGGUUACAGACAACAGAAGGCCUACAUCUCCACACAAGGACCACUAGCAGAGACCACAGAGGACUUCUGGAGGAUGCUGUGGGAACACAACUCCACCAUUGUGGUGAUGCUCACCAAACUCAGAGAGAUGGGAAGGGAAAAAUGCCACCAGUACUGGCCCGCAGAGAGGUCUGCUAGGUACCAGUACUUUGUGGUGGAUCCCAUGGCAGAGUAUAACAUGCCCCAGUACAUUCUGAGGGAGUUCAAAGUGACAGACGCCAGGGAUGGACAGUCACGAACAGUCAGGCAGUUUCAGUUCACCGAUUGGCCAGAGCAAGGAGUGCCAAAAUCCGGCGAGGGCUUCAUCGACUUCAUUGGCCAGGUGCACAAAACAAAAGAACAGUUUGGCCAGGAUGGGCCAAUCACGGUGCACUGUAGUGCGGGCGUGGGGAGAACUGGCGUCUUCAUCACGCUCAGCAUUGUCCUGGAGCGGAUGAGGUACGAGGGAGUGGUGGACAUCUUCCAGACUGUCAAGAUGUUGAGGACACAGAGGCCUGCUAUGGUGCAGACAGAGGAUCAGUACCAGUUUUGCUAUCGGGCUGGACUGGAAUACCUGGGAAGUUUCGAUCACUAUGCAACAUAAUAUUCCCAACCCUGAAGGGGAAACAGCAGGCCCAUCAAGACACAGAGAGCCUCUUCUGAGCCAUAAUUACCUGCUUGAGAAAUACUUCUUAAUGUCAAGCUAUAAAUGAAUUAAGUGUCAGAUGUGAAACACAAACAAACAAAAAAAAAACAAUUCCAGGUGGACCAAGUGUUGACUUAUUGGAUAAACUACCCCGACUUUUAAUAGAGAAUUCUCGACUGGUGGGGCAUCCCAAGGAAUUAUUAUUAUUGUUAUUUUCUUGGUUGCCUCAUGGAUUUGCCUUGUUUUCAAAGAGAAAAACAAUAAAAAAAGGCAUCAUCAACGACUACCGCAUCAACAGUACGAACCACAGCAGGAACAGCGAAGGCUGGCAGAACAGCCUUAAACUCAAUGAACAUUGUAAAGCAAAAUUUGAUCGUUCCGCAAUCAAGUACACAGCGUGUUUUCAUUUAAAAAGGACACCAGUUUUUUGGGGGGGAAUGAUGACAAAAAGCAAACAUCAUGGCAGUACCAACCACCAUUCCCAUUAUACGGUUCAUUAACAGUUAGGGGGAAAAAAUGGGGAAUGUUUAAAGAAAUGAAAAAUAAAACUUACUGAUUUAGUUUUUUAGUACUUUAUUAUACA